AUGGCAGAAGAUAACCAUGCAAUUGGGAUUGAUCUGGGGACAACUUAUUCGUGUGUGGCAACGUGGCAGGCUGAUCGUGUAGAAAUCCUGGUGAACAAUCACGGUAACAGGAGAACUCCAUCUUAUGUUACAUUCACUGAUAGCAAGACGUUGGUAGGUGAUGAAGCAUUUCUCCAAAUCGGGAGAUUCCCCACCAACUCAAUCUUUGAUGCGAAGCGGUUAAUUGGUAGGAGAUUCAGUGACGAAACUGUUCAAAGUGAUAUCAAGCGCUGCUGCGCUGGCCAUUCAAGGUCAUUGAAGGUAAGGAUGACAAGCCCGUGA